UCUGGUGGGUUAGUAUAUAGUUAUUACUUCAUUAGUAUUAAUUUUAACGGCUUCAUAUUGUAGGCGGGAACUAAGAUGUUUUCCCUCCAAUAUUCCUUCUCCCUCGCGGUCACGUUUUCUUUUGGAUCCACAUUCAAUUAAAAAAGUUAAAAAACAAUCCCUAAUAAUCCCGUAAUUUCAAAACCCUAAUUUACUAAAUUCAGCUAAUUGAAUGGAUAAUUCAGCUGAAGAAUGUGACCAAGCUACUCCGGCAGCGACCACUAUCGCCGGCGAGAUCCAGCAGCAGCAGGGAGAGAGUAAAGUUCGACGGCGACUGGUUCAGUCAACACUUUUACCUCACAAAUCAGCAGCAUUUGAAUUAAAAAGUGACCAAAAGAGCGAUGAUAAGGAAUGCAACGGGGAGGAUAAAGGCGGGGAUGAUGUGCUUAUUUGUGAGAGUCAAGGCAAGCCAAAAAGAGGACGAAAGCGAAAAGAAAGCCCGCUGACUAAAGCUCCUAAAGCUCCUAAAGAGGUAAAGGAGAAAUCUUCUCCAGAAUCAACACCUGAUAAGGAUGCUACACCCAAAAAGACAGGGAAACGGGCACCUAGAAAGAAUGUCACACCCAGAAAGAAUUCGACACCUAGAAAGAAUGUCACGCCCAGAAAGAAUUCUACACCUAAAAAGAAUGUCACACCUAAAAAGAAUGGGAUUAUUAAUGGGGAAACUGCUUGUCUAUUGGGAGACAAUGGAGAUGCUUUGCCACAAAUCCCUAAUCUGAGGUUGGAGGCUAAAAUGAUGGCUGAGGAAAAUCUGAGAGUGUUUGGGGGAAAGCAAAUACAUCCUUUUUUCCUUUCUCGGAAUUCGGGUCAUGGAUGUCAUGAGAAAACUAUCCAGAGAAAAGCAAGAAGCAGUAGUCUUGGGCCUAUUCAUGUAUUUGAGAGUGAACAGGAUGGUGCUGUGUUUCCUGAUUGGAGAGAUUGGAACUUUUGUGAAGAAUCCCGUAUCAACACCGGCUGUACUCUAGAUGGCCCUUUCUCAUCAAUUUUCGAAUGCACUGUCAAAUCAUUAAGCUUUUAUAAGCUACCCAAUUUAUUGCACCCUUCUGGUUCAUCGCCACGUCUAGAUAAGAUGUCUUCAAAUGAAGCUUCAGCAGACAUAUCACCUGAUGAGCAGGUGGAAUGCUAUCAGCCUGUUGAGAAUGCAGAGAUAGACUAUCAGGUGGAUGAAGUUGCUGUUGUUUCUGGUUGUCUAAGAAAGUCAGAAGAGCAGCAAGGCACAAUUGUCCAAGAAAGGAUUAUGCCAUCUCACGAUAGAUGUGCUAAUCAGCUUGAUAGCAGAUUAUGGACUGAUAAGUAUCAGCCUCAAAAAGUUGCGGAGAUUUGUGGUAAUUAUGAUUCUGUGAAGUUUUUGAGUGAGUGGCUUCUCAAUUGGUGCCAAAAAGGUCCUCAAGCUGGUAUUGAAUGCUCCGGAACUGACGAAUAUGAUAUUCAAGAUCCUGACUACCACUCUUCUGACUCAGAAACCAUAAGUGAAGAGGACAGCCUUAAGAAUAUUCUCUUAAUAACAGGACCUGUUGGGAGUGGGAAGUCUGCAGCUGUUUACGCUUGUGCUAAGGAGCACGGGUUCAGAGUUCUGGAGGCCAAUGCAUCAGAGUGUAGAAAUGGAGCUGUUCUGAAGGAAAGAUUUGGCGCUUUAGAGUCGCAAUCCACUUUAGACUCUCAACUCUUUCAAUGGUCGCAGGAGAGUUCUGUAGAAUUUCAGAAUGUGGAUGUUGUAAAAUCCCCUACAGUUAUUCCUCAUUGUAAAGCAUUGCAAGAGAUCGGCAACCAAAUGAUUGAGGUGAUACCCAUUCCAGAUGAGGAUAUAUUGCAUGAGGCUACUAAAACAUCUGACAAGUUUGUUUACAAGGAUAAUGUAGCUGCCUCAGGUCAAGAACAAUUUAAACCCUUAAUUCUCUUUGAGGAUGUGGAUGUUGUUUUUGCGGAAGACCGUGGUUUUGUAAGUGCGAUUCAACAGAUAGCUGACAAAGUAAAGGCACCUAUGAUACUGACCAGCAAUAGUGACAAACCUGUUCUUCCUGACAAUUUGGAUAGGCUAGAAUUAUGUUUUAAAAUGCCGUUACAGGAAGAGCUUCUUCAACAUUUACAUAAGGUUUGUGCUGCUGAAAAAAUUAAUGUUCACCCUCAUCUGGCAGAGGAAUUAAUUGAAUUUUGUCACAGAGAUAUCAGGAAAUCCAUUAUGCAUCUACAAUUCCGGUGCCAGGGUGAACAAUUUUUGAAAGGCAGAGGACGUGAAAUAAAUAGACUAUCCAGUCUACCGCCAUUUGAUUUUGAAGCUGGGCAUCAAAUGUUACCAAAGAUGAUCCCUUGGGAUUUCCCUUCUCAGUUAUCUGAGCUUGUUGAGAAAGAGGUCACAAUGUCAAUAUCCACAAUGGAGUUCGUUGAAGACAAAUUUGAUGAUACAGGGAUGCAGAAGAAUUUGGAGAAGUGCAUUUAUGAACCAGACAUUAUAGAGGCCAAGAAGAAAGCAAUGCUGAGCAUGAAUUGCUUUGAUAAUGAAUACAUGGACUUUAUUGACCUUUUUGAUUCCUCAAGUGAUCCACUUCCGUUCUCUCAGAGAAACAGUAAAAGAAAACUUGUGGUUAUGUCUUCUGAUUCAGAAGACGAAUCGCUUAAAGAAGGAAUGCCAACAACUCCUGACAAGGAUGCUGGCAAUGAAUUAUGUGUUGAGAUUGAAGGUUCCCGCUGUCUUAGCAUAAAGAAAAGCUUGAGCCCAUUAACUGAUCUGCAGCUUUGUUCUGGGGCACAGGGGGGAAACCUUUAUCAGUAUUCAGACACGCAAAAUAUGUUUGAUAUAAAAAACACUUGCAUGUCAUUUGAUGUAUCAUGCGUGCCAGAAUCAUCUUUUGUUCCUGAGACUGAAAUUAAUGAGGGAGCAGAAAUUUUAUUUGGUAUGGUGUCCUGUGGUCAAGUGGGUAAAAGGGGUGAAAUUUUAGAAGAAGCCUCUGUGAGCAAUGAGCUCAGACAACAUAAUUUGGCCACUGCAGCUGACAUGUUUGUUGAAUCUAAGCCCAAAUUGCAUAAAGACACUGAUUUUUCUUGUGAUGUUAUUGAAGUCUCUCAUGAAGAGGUGGAAGACUCUCAAAGUGUGCCUGUAGAAUCUAUUACUAGAGAACAUCAGCUGAUGGAUGAGUGCAGCUGUAUAGAUUUCAGUAGGAAUUUCAAGCCGCAUGAAGAAUGUAUACCCUCCACAGUUACUGAUAUAGUACGCAAAUCAUGGAAAAAACUCCGUGAUCGCCGUGCAGAUUUAAGAAAUAUUGUUGCUGCAGAACACAAAUAUUCUUCUGAAAUUAUGGAACUCGCUUGCAGGAUGAGUAAUCUAAUUUCGGAAGCUGAACCGUUACAUAUUAAGUGUCAAUCACUAGAUUCAUUAGGAUUGCCAAUGAUAUACUCUGAAGAAUCAGAAGCUUUCAGCUGGUGUAAUGAGCAGUUGCAAAUGGCAUCAUCAGUAUUGGAGCAUGGAUUUUGCUUCUAUGCUAAGGACAUUGCUACUGCAGGUGUAAAUAUGGGGUUUGACAGCCAGGUAAACUUUACCUCAGAGAUGCCAUCUCUUAGUAGAAAGCCCUUAGAUGUAGGGGUGGAUGGAGACAUGAGCCUGCCAGAAGAUGCAACACUGCCCAAAAGUGAGAAUAACCUGCAUCUUCACGAUAUAAUCCGAUCCAUGGUCCCUCCACGAGUAAGCAUGGGAAUAAAAGACGUUCCAUUUUGCGAAUAUCUUUCUUCUCUCGGCCACAUGUCAAGAUCCGAAUCUUCUCGCGUAUCUGAAGGUGUUAACAAGAAUAAAAGACGGAGGGGACGAGCUGCUCGAAAUUAUCUGAGUACUGGCACACUAACACUAUCACCUGAAGAAAUUUCAUUGCUAGGUCAAUGUAAUGCCUACAGGAAGUCUUCAAACCAGUCGACGAUCAACAAUAAAACUUAGAAUCACAUGAUCUCCUGAUCAACGAAAAGUUAAAAAAAAGUGCACACUAACUUCCCUGCUAACUACAUUGUAGUCUUAGGAUCAUUGCAGAUUGCAGUUGCUUUAGGGAGACGGUUACAAAUGAAGUUAUAGCUGGAGCUGCUCCUAAUCAUCUGUUACGGAACUUUCUGCUGCGCCAACGCCUUAAACAUAGAAGAGAGGUUAAAGUUGUAGAUAUCUUUUAUCUUCCUUAAUUUCAAAAUAAGGAGCAUAUAGUUACAUGACUGUAGUGUAAUGAAUUAAAGAGCCGGCAAAUGUAAGAAAUGAGUGUCAAUAUAUUAUUAUUUAUGAUUGGUAGAUCUUAGGAGAUGGUUGAUAA